AUGGGGGCUUACGACAAUGGAACGCUUGCAAUUGAAGAACUUCCAACAUACAGCAGCCCUUCACCUUCCACCCCCGAGCGUGAUGGCUCUCCAAGCUCAUCUGUGAGCAGGACAUGCAAAGAUGCGCUUGUGACCAUUCACGAUGCUCCAACACAAUCCAGCAUUGAUGAGAAACAGAAUGUCAGGUUCUCUGUUCAAGAUGAAAUUGUGACUUCCCCAAGUUGCGCACAAACUUCUAAAACACCAACCUCUAUCUCCAUUCGCAAUACCUUUGGAAGAUGCUCGAACUUUAUCCACGACUGGACGCCUUGUCUGCUUGUCAGCUCUUAUUUUGUUUCAUCUAUUUUCGCAUAUAUGCUCUUUCCCACAAAACUUCUAGAGGUUUUCUGGUUCAUAUAUAAUUUCACAAAUUUCAUCAUUGCUGCAUCUACAGCACUAGAAGCAUUUAUGAGCAUGGAACCAUGUCGAGAGGCACGUCUUACUGUUACGAAAGCCGCUGCAAAGGGCUGGAAAUUUCCUACACCAGAUGAUGACCUGCUGAUCGUGGACAUUGUCAUUGUCGCAUAUCUUCCAAAUGAACAAGACAUCAUAAUGGAUCGAAUAAAUUAUGCGUGUCAGAAGUUGGAGUAUCCAGUUGACAAAAUUCGCAUAAACAUUGUUUACAACACACCUUCUCCAAUUCAACCCCUCGAGGAAGAAAUGUGGGAAGCGACCGCCAAAUUUCCCCAGCUUCGAAUCAUCAAGGUUGAAGGCUCUACAUCGAAAGCUGACAACCUCAAUUACUAUCUCAGUCUAGAUACCGGCUCUGAUAUCACUGCUAUAUAUGACUGUGACCAUUACAUACAUCCCCAUAGCCCUCGAUGGGCCAUUGAACGUUUUAUCAAGGAAGAUAAGGUCGAUAUUGUUCAAGGCCGAUGUAUCGUCUUCAACACAGGUGCUUCGUUCCUCACUAGUCUCAUCAGCAUAGAAUUUGACAAGAUUUACGCCGUCUCACAUCCUGGAAGGGCAACCAUCUGGGGUUUUGGUCUAUUUACAGGAUCCAAUGGAUACUGGAGAACAUCACUUCUUCGAGACGUAAAGAUGGACGAGAACAUGCUCACUGAAGACAUUGACUCUGCACUUCGAACUGUAGGCCGAGGUUGUAACAUUGUUCACGAUCUCAAUGUUGUGUCAUAUGAGUUAGCACCUACGACUUUUGGAGCGUUCUGGAAACAACGUCUAAGAUGGGCACAAGGAUGGGCACAGGCAAGCUUGAAGCAUUCGAUUUUGACCUUCAAUCGAGCUAAGGAAGGAAAGAGAAUCUUCACGACACGAUUUGGGCUGCUCAAUUUGUUGCUCAUUCGUGAGCUCAGUUAUUACUUGGUCACCCAAUUUGCCUGCUUGGUAGCAAGCUUCAUUUUUCUCAAUUUCCCCUUGACCCCAGCAGCGUUCUGGAAGACUGUCUUCUUCCAAUAUCCAGUUUCUGAGUGGUUCUUUUUCGUUAGCAUUUUCUGUUUGAUUGGCACACUCUGGGUCACCAAUCAAGUUAAAUCCGAGUUUGCGUCACGAUGGAUGAUCAUCAAGUUCUCGAUCGCCUAUCCAUUUUAUCUGCUAUUUUUGGCCACCAUAGGUUUGUAUGGACAUGCUCGGCAGUUGACUAAAUAUUCAUCAUGGAACCCUACUGCAAGAACGUAG